AUGAUCCAUGCUGAAAAAGGAAAGGUAGUCAUGCUGAAGAUCCUUUCAUGCAUAUGUAUGCUGCAAAGUGCUCUGUGCUUGACCAAGGCGUACGUUGGAAUAGAUCUUGGAACUACAUUUUCUUGUGUUGCGGUGUACUAUCCAGAUACGAAGAGCUACGACUAUCUGACGUUUGGCUCUCCAGAUAAGAAGACUAUUCCAUCCACCAUUUAUUUUACGGGAGAGGUGGAUUCUCAGUCACAGACACCUCUGUAUAAGGUCGGAUAUGCUGCCAACAAGCUUAAUGAGCUUCUUCCUGACCCCCAUCGCUAUCUUGGAGGUUUCAAGAGGAUUGUUGGUAUUGACAAGAUAGAGCAGAAGAGCAGGCUUGCUGGAUUUGCUAACGAGGUUACAUAUCCAAUCCGCCACAAGACCGAGGCCGGAAAGGGCUACUACGUAGUCCCAGUUACUAUUGCUGGUAAAGAAUACGAGUUCACACCCACACAGCUCUCAAGUAUGGUCCUUGGAGAAAUCAAGAGCAGACUAGAUGAAUUGAAUAUUGAUAUUACUUCCACUUGCAUUUCAACACCGGUAUACUUUACUACAGUCCAGGACGAAGAGGUAAAAGCUGCAGGAAUCAAUGCAGGAUUUGCCGAUCCAAUUAUCACCAAGGAGCCUAUUGCUGCAUGUGUCUCAUAUGUUGAUGAGCAUUUAUUCACUAUCGAUGUGGAAGAGAAGAUUAUGGUAUUUGACUUCGGAGGUGGUACCCUUGAUAUUUCAGUGGUUGAGGUUAUUAAGGAGAAAUCAGAUGACGAACCUGGUAAAUACGAGUCGAACAUUGUUGCGAAUAGAUUCGUUGGAGACAAUUUUUUAGGUGGAGAAAAUGUGAACACUUACAUUUGCAAAGAGUUUAUUAAGAUUGCUGAAGGCCAAGGCCACAAAAUAGAAACCAGGGAGGAUGAGCUUAGACUUAGACUAUUUGUGGAGGCUCUUAAGAUUAGGCUUUGUGAUGAGCAAAGAAACUCCAAAACUGAGGUGACUGUUUCUGAAAAGUUCUGGUUUAGAGACCAAACUAGCAUUACUUUCACACUUAGUCAUUCGAGAUUCAAUCAGUUACUUGAACCCAUCUAUAAGCGCAUUAGCCAUCUUUUAUUUGACGAGAUUGAGGGGCUUUUCAAAGAGAAGAAUGAUUCAUUGACUUCUCAAAUUAAAAAGGUUAUUCUUGUUGGUGGUUCGACUAGAAUCCCCUAUAUUAGAGAUCUUCUCCGCUCAGCUUGUAAGAAUGCUUCUAUCUUCGAUGAGAUUGAUGCUGAUAAGGCUGUUGGUAUGGGUGCAUGCAAGAUUUGUGUUAACUCUGAUCCUAAUUCGGGUGAUUCUUCAAUCAUGGUUCUUGGUGCCGUGCCUCUUCCGAUCGGUAUUAAGCUGGCAGAUGGAUCUUUCGAGCAUCUCAUUGCACAGAACAUUUCUAUCCCAACAGAAGCAACAAAGACGUUUACUACGGUAUAUGACAAUCAAACUAAUAUUUUGAUUGAUGUUGCCAUGGGUGUGAGGCCGAUGUUUGAUGAUAACGAAAAGAUUGGUAAGCUUCUUCUUACCUUGAAGAAUCCGAAGCCUAAGGGCGUGCCACAGAUUCUUGUCAAGAUUGAGUAUUUUGCCGAUUAUUCAUUCAAGAUUACUGCUGAAGACUCGGACACCAAGCUGUCCGAAAGUGCUGUCUUUAAGUCAGAACUGGGCAAGCCUUCCAAGGACAAGAUCGACCAGAUCUUGGAGACUGCGAAAAAAUUCAAGGCACAGGACGAAGAGACUGCAAAGAGGCUCGAACAGUUCAGGAAUUUCGAAGCUGCACUUUCACAGUUCGAAACACAGCUCAAUUUGGCCAAGUCAAAUGCUCAAAUCAGCCUUAGCGACCUUGACAAGUCAUAUUUUGAAACGAUAUUGGAUGGUAGCAAGAAGUGGUUGGAUGAAAAUAAGGGAAAUGCAGCUAUCACUGCAGCAGUAAUUCAGGCACAGAUUGAAAAUGUUCAAAAUGCCUCUACCGAGCUUGUUAACAAGAUACAAGCUUCACAGAAGGCUCCACAGCCCGAAGAAGCCGAGAAAGGCAGAGAGACUCUUUAA